UUCGCUGACAAAUAACUACUUCAGAACAGUCAAAAACUUUGUAGUGAUUCGCAAAGAGAAAAAAAAAUACACAGAUAGGAUAAUUUUUCCCUUUCAAAAAUUUGUUCAAAGAACGUCAGCGAAAAAUAUAAAUAAAAUAAAAAUCCUCCAUCGAGUUUAGUUAAAAUAAAUGACCGAAAAAAAAACUCGAUCAAUAAAAUUAAGUGUUUUAAAAAUUAAAUGAAUUCAUUUCGGGAUUAUUUAACUACCUGAAGUAAAACCAAAUUUUAAAAAAACAGAGCAGAUAAUAUAGCCGAUGCUGUAUCAAAAUUGAAGCGAAAAAAGAGAAGAAUAGCGCAAAAAAUUGAUAGAAAACUAUUUGAUAAAAUCAAGUGAGCCUCUGCGAGAGCUAUUCAAGUGCUGCGAAUAAAAAAAGAAUAAAAAAAUAAUAAGCAGAAGAGAGUGUCGUACGUAAUACGGUGUGUAGCGGAAAAUAAUAAUUCAAAUAAAAUAAAAGGAAACAAAAUAAAAAAUAAUUCCAAAGAGAAACAGAGACUGUCGAAGAUUAAUAGAUAAUAAGAGCUCUCACCGGUAAUUUAAUUGUUCGUUUUUUUUCUUCUUCAAUUUGUUACGAAAAAAAGGGAGCAAUUAAGGAUAUACAUAUACCAAUCGAAAUCCCAUUUGAAGACACGAAUGAUAAGAAAAUACAUCGAAUCGUUAUAACAUAAUAUCGAUAAUACUGCGGAAGAAUUUCAGUUGUUUUUUUUUCUUAAAUAUUAUUAUUUAAUUAUUUGUGACACGUUCAAAAUUAAUUUUGUGUAAAAGAAGAAACAAGAGCAGAGAAUAUUUAUAAGGCAUACUCCCUCUCGGCACGAAAUUUAUUCACAAACAGCUUGUGUCAUCCAGCCACCACCACCAACCACCACCAUUCAUAUAAAACUCAUAUACUUAACAAAGCAUCGCUGCAUCUAAUCGAGCAAAUAAAUAAUAACUAUUAUAACAUAUAUGCGAAUAAUAGAAUACGUGCAACUACGAAGCAUUUUGAUUAGAAACCAAUAAAAAACAAACAAAUAUGUAAAUCGAAGUUCAUAUCAUGUUAUACGAAUAUCGAUGAAGUAAGAGACGCAAAUUACAUACGCCGCUACAGAUAGUAUUAUAGCAAGCAAGCAAGAGAAAUAGUUGUAGAUCGAAGACAACGACAACAACAACAACAACAACAAGAACAGUGUCAGCAAAAAUUCAACUGCUUACUAAUUCAGAAGCACAAAAGAAGAAACAGAAACAGUGAGAAUAGAAAAAAAAAAGAUUGCAAACAAAUAAAGUGAAGCCAAAACGGUAAAUGAAAAACAAAAGCCAUCAAGGUUACGCCAUUCAACGUGUAUAUGCAAAUCACUGAUAGAUAUAGAUUUUUAAACACUCAAAUAUCAGAAGAAGAAGAAGCACAACAGAGAGCGAGAAAGGGAGAGAGAACCGAAAAAACAAAUAUCAAGCAAGAGAGACGAUUUCACAUCACACAGAGAGAAAAAGGAGACGUUUUGCAAAUCAAUAGUGGCGGAUCUAAAGAAGCCACAGAAUUAUUUACAUGAUAACAAUACAACACAGACGAAGAAAGUGAUUGCUGCUCAAGAGCAUCCGAACAAAUCGAAUUGUUCUGAACAAAACGGAAAUAGUGGAUCUAUUGGAACCGAUUGCGAAAUAACCGAAUUCUUGACGAAUUCAACGUAAACGAUUAUACUUACGAAUUUACGCAAAAUUACUCGGGCUCAGGCAAUUCAUCACACAUAUCUAACCGAAGCAGGAUAGAAAAAAAACUCAAUCAGUGUGUUUUGUGCUAAAAGCAAACAAUACAAUUCGCUGUUCAAGUUUUCAUUUUGGUAAAAGAAGUGCAGAGAUACAGAAGUUUUAUUUUUCUUCCUCACAUUCUUACAAAAUCAAAACGAAAAAGCAAAAAUAAAAACAAAUAAAAGAAUUUUUGCAAUUGAAUUGGAUUGUCACAGAGAUCGUCUAAUCUAAAUCGUGCUUGCUUUUUAUCCUAAUCAUCCAAUAUAUACGUAUAUCGAUAUUCGUGCAUAUAUAAUAUUUUGUUUUUCGGAUACAUUUCUCUCAACAUACACAAACUCGAUUACAUUGUGAUAAAUCUUCGCAGCAAAUAUAUCUAUCGCGUAGCUUUUCAUUCUGCAAAAAAAAAAAUUAAUAACAUUUAAUACAUUGCAUUUCAUCUAUUGUGUCGAAUAUUUAACGCGACUUUUUGUACAAACUUAAACAAAACAGUGAAGUCACUUAGUUUUAACUGCAUAUUAAAAACACACACACACACACAAACCCGCUAUCGCAAAAACUAAACAAAUCAACUGUAAUAAAUUAUAAAUUAAUAAUAAAAAUUUGUUGUGUGUGCGUGUGUUAAAGACGAGCGUGGAUGAAUGGAUCCAGCCAUAGCUUGGUUUCAAGAAGAGCAAGAAGGGCCAUCGAAAAGACUUUGGUUAAGUAUUUGGGAAACAAUUCAGGAAAUGGAAAUGGAACAACAACAACAGCAGCAAAUAACACAUAAUACCGCACCCUCAAUAGGGUUCAAUAAUCAACCACAAGCACCGGCUGUGAUUACAAAUAAUACCAAUAAUUUUAUUGAAGACAACAAUCAAAAACAUAAAGGGACUAAUAAAAAUUGUUUGAAUUCGUCAACGGUCUUGAUGGAAAAUAAUAGUAAUGGCCAAAAUAAUUCAACACAUCCACCACAACAGCAUACACAACAACAACACAUAGAACGCUAUUAUAAUCCAUCUAGGAGAAAAGCGGCUUUAUAUGAAAACAGAGCCAGUACAUACAACAUGAAUCGACAUCAAAAUAAAAUUAUUGGCAAACACCACGGCUGCCCAUGGAGAACAGCUGGUUUUGUAUAUCCACCGGGCGUUCUGGGAUUACAUACGGAAAUCGAGCAAUUUUAUGCACACAUGAUACCGACACGAACAGAACAUGCGUUACGUGUAAAGGUUGUGCGUCGAAUUGAAUCGGUUGUAUUGCAAAUGUGGCCAGACUCGCAUGUUGAAGUAUUUGGCAGCUUUCGUACCGGAUUGUAUUUACCGACCAGUGAUAUUGAUUUGGUGGUGCUCGGUAUAUGGGAACAGUUGCCGUUGCGAACAUUGGAAAGUGAAUUGUUGGCAUGUGGCAUUGCCGAACCAAAUUCCGUUCGUGUACUGGACAAAGCAAGCGUUCCAAUUAUUAAAUUAACCGAUCGUGAAAGUCAAGUCAAAGUUGAUAUCUCAUUUAACAUGGAAUCAGGUGUACGAUCAGCGGAAUUAAUCAAAGACUAUAAACGCAAAUAUCCGGUUUUAUCAAAACUGGUUUUGGUAUUGAAGCAAUUCUUACUGCAACGUGAUCUCAAUGAAGUGUUUACAGGUGGCAUUUCAUCAUAUUCCCUAAUUUUAAUGUGCAUCAGCUUCUUGCAAAUGCAUCCACGGAAUAAGGACUUGGAGAAUGAAAAGUCAAAUUUGGGUGUAUUGCUUAUGGAAUUUUUUGAAUUUUAUGGAUGUAAAUUUAACUACAUGAAAACUGGCAUUAGCAUUAAAAAUGGUGGUCGAUAUUUACCCAAAGAAGAGCUACAACGUGAAAUGGUCGAUGGACAUCGACCGAGUUUCUUGUGCAUCGAAGAUCCAUUGACACCGGGCAAUGAUAUUGGCCGAUCAUCGUAUGGUGCAUUACAUGUAAGGGACGCAUUCGAAUAUGCGUACACAACAUUAUCAAGGGCUGUAUCACCUAUAACCAAUGGUACAAACGAUUGUACGAAAAACAGUAUAUUGGGUCGAAUUGUUAAAGUUACCGACGAAGUGAUCGAAUAUCGAAAUUGGGUGCGAAACAUGUUCGAACAUGCGCUCAUCUCACCGGAAAGCCUUAGUCCACCAGAUGGCAAUGGAUCAUCAUCGGGUAAUUCAUCAAAUGUGUGCAAUCAACGGCGACGCAAAGGUAGCAUAUCAAGUGUUGAAACAUCGGAAGAGAGCAUGGAUUCGGACAAUGGUGAUUCAAAUUCCAUGUCACGUGAUAUAUCACCAACACACGAACGAGCCUAUAACGUGAACAAAGUACAAAAUGAUCAAAUUCCAACGAUUGAAGAUGAAGAAACCCCCAUCAUCGUCAUUGAUGAUUCACCAGACGAAAAUGAACGUGUACGUGCUCCACAUAUGGAAGUACCACGUCAAAAGCAUCAAACACAGCCUUUAUAUACGGCACCACGACUAUCCGAUCGGUAUGAUCGUGUAUCGCCGUUGAAUAGCCGACGAUCGAAUGUCGACAAUUACCAUGACAAUAAAUCAAAUUUAAUGCAAAAUCAACGGCAAAACAAUAAAUCGAUUCGUCGUCAUAGUACAAAUACAUAUUCAUCAUCCAGUACAACUAGCCAAAAGGAAUUGUCACCGACCAAUAGCAUACAACAACAAUCGCAAAUGCAACAACAAAUGAACAAUAACAGUAGCAGCAAUAGCAGCAGCCGGGAAGUCAUUCCAAAUCUACAUCACGGUGCAUCGAAUAGCCUAAAUAAUGUCAAUAAUCAAAAGAAUAAAAAGAUGCCCAAACGAAAACGUGUAACGGCCAACUAUCAAUUUGAUAAUAGCGGCGGAAGCGGUAACAGCGCAUCAAUUGGCGUGAAUAUAAUGCAAAAGCUGAAUAAUAAGACGCAGAUUCAACAUCAACAUCAACAUCAACAACAGCAGCAACAGCAGCAUCAAGCACAAAGCAAUACAAAUGCAUCAAAUACAAUGGGAAAAACAUUAAAAAUGGGCAAUAGCAGUCGAUGAUUGUUGCAGACAAACCCAUACGAUGAUGACCAGCAUCGAUUGCCAAAGCAAAUGUUAAAUUAUACAUUUCGAUGGCCAAACAAUACAUUUUCUCUUUCAUUUUCUCACUUUUAAAAAAAUUCACUCUAAUCAAAUCAAUUUUAACGAAUUAAGAGGGAAACACACUCACACACACACAAAAACAACAAUGAAUGUAUAAAGUAAGAGUAACAAUAUGAUAGAAUUUACACAAUUUGUAAAAUGAAAUGGUUUGUUGAAUCCUUUGUGAAUGAAAAGAAGAAAAACUAACGACCGAUCAACACGAUAAAACACUUGGCCGAUAUCGAAAUAUCCGUUCAAGUGCAAUUAACACAUGCAACUCGUUCUAACACACACACACACACACACAUUGACUGUUUCACUUCGGUCGCUCCUAAUUACUAUAUAUAUAAAAAACACACCUAAAAUAAUAAAAAUGCAUACAAAUGUGAGAAGCAUAUGGGGCUCAAUUUCACCAAAAAGUGUAAAACUGAGAACUUCUUACAAUGCAUUUUAAAUGAGAGCAUCAAAUGAAUCUUCUUGACGACAAAUUAUUUGAAAAAAGUUUUUGAGAAGAUGUCAUUUACCCUUUCUUAAUUAAAAAAAAAAAACCACAUUCUGAGAAAAUCCAACAUGGUUUUUGGUGAAAUUGAGCCCAGGAAGGCAACAAUAAUAACGAAAACAACAACAAAAAAUAUUUAAAAAAAAAUUCAUAAAUGAGAAAAAAAACUGAAUAAGUUAUUUAGGGAGAUAAAAAAAUAUACAUAAAAUGAUUAAUAACAAUGAUAAUGAUGAUGAUGAUGUUACUUAUUAAAUUCUAAUCAAAUAAUUAUUAUAUCGAAAUAGGAAAGUUUAGUGAAUUAGUCGUAUUUAAAACAAAAUGUUUAGAAUAUAACGGCCAUCAGUGAAUAACCGCGGUUAUAAUUAUUAUAUUUUUUUAUUAUUAUCAUUAUUAUUACUAUAAUUAUUAUAAUUGAAAAAAUACGCGCGAUUUCAUACCGAAUCCCGAGCGACACUAUGAGACUUUAAGCUGCCAUUUGAAUGAAUAUAUAUUUCUUUUUCUUU